AUGACAUUGGCAGAUAUCCUAACCUCUUCACCACAACCGUCCGUAACGUUGAAGACCACGAACAGUGACGUCAUCGAUGAAAGAUCGCAAAAGGGACAGUUUGGAUGGUUUACUUUGGGUAUGGUACACAUUCCUUUAAUAUAUCGAAAUAACGAGGAGUAUUGUUCGGUUAGAAUGGCCGAACAGGGCGCUUUAAAUUGUUAUUUAAAAUUUUUGAAUAAAGAUAUAGACAAUUGUGUCAACGUCAAAAGUUCUUACGUUACAAGCGCCGAGGCAAACCUCCUUAACCAAAUCAAUUUUAUCCAUUGCGACGGCCAAUUCGGACGGGAUCAUUUCGCAAAUCAAUUGUUGAUAAAAGUUAACGACGUAAAAGAAUUUUACGACUUCUUAAGAAUUUGUUAUGGAAAGUUAAUAGGGAAAGAAGCGGAUUGCGAUAAACGAUUGGGGUUUGUAAUUAUUAACAAAGAAUCCGUUGUACCUUACGCCGUUUCAAAUGGACGAAAAUAUGUGCCGUUAUUUUAUUUCGAAGGGGAAAUCGAUCAGUUGAAAUUAAAAUCGUAUAAAUUGGAGGGGUGGGAUCUUAGUUAUUUAAAGUUUUGUUGUAAAAUACAAGGAAUUCGGAACCAGUUAUUCGCGCACGAUACCUGUUCGGUCAUCGAUUUGGCCGAUAUUAAACAAUAUUUUCCACCGGAAACGACGUUCGAUGAGUAUUGGCCCAACAAUUCGGGAACUGCGCAAUUAUUAGUACCUUCAAGAAACCAACUUGUUUGUGGGGAAUGGACAAGAAGACCGCCCGCGCCUCUUAUUGUACCGGCACAUAAACAGAAUGCGUUACAAAAAAAUUCAGCGUAUCCACCACCGAAAAUGAGUUGCAGAACUUAUCCUACCAUACAAUAUAUGAGUAUGUCAUAA